AUGCCUCGCCCCCCCUCAAAACGAACUCGCCCGGUCACCAAAACCUUGACAGCCUCAAAUGAAGGACCCCCCCAGCGCAGUCCUAGACGAGAGAAUGCCAACUCGGCUCAAACCUUGGGAUCACCGUCGAAACGCAAUCCAGCUGUGGACAGCGCUACACAACCCAGACUGAACACCCAGGUGUCAGGCAUCUCACGGCAGGUGAGGGACCAGACUCCCACAUCCGAUGCUCAAGAACAAGCGAUCGAGUCGUCGCCGAUGGGGGAGCGCGGAGCAACAGGGAGCCGACCACCAACCCGAUCUCGUGGUUAUUCAUCUACCCUUUCUGUGGCCGGACGCAAAGGAGAGACUAGCUCAAAAAUUCCCGGUACGCCUGCAUUUGAAAGUUCCAUAUUGAGUAAUUUCAGACGACGUCCGCGGCAACCGAGCAUCCUGCAGAUGAUGCAAGCAGAGGAUGGCUCCUCAGAUUUCGACGAUGAUGAUUUUCUCGGUGGCUUCAGCCCAGAAGACGAGUCCACCCCACUGAACCUUUCCAGAGGAAAAUCACUCGUGAUGCAGGGUGCCGUGACUUCCUCUCCGUCCCAGAUAUCAUUGCCCUCUAGCGGUGGAUCGCGCAAGCGCAGACGAUCACCAAACGAAAUUGCAAAUCCCGAAGCACCCCUGGCUGAAAUAGGAUCCAGCCCUGUCAACUCGGCCACUUCACCAAAUCAUGAUCGUGAACGAGAACUGCGUGCCUUCGUGGAAUCACCUCAAACCUCAGCAUCUUUUGCAUUUUCGACACAAGCAACGGUACCCCCCUUAAGCAGCAGCUUGCCUCCAAGCCCCGCAUCCACUGCGACGUUAGAAGGUCCUCGGAAACUCGCAACUGGGAAUGCCGAUGGGAGGUCUGGCAACAAGAUUAGUCUUCCGACUACCGCGCUUCAAGACAAGCUCCUUCCCAGACGACGUCAAAGACGGCGCAGACCUCGUCACGUGCCUAACGCUGGGGACUCAGACAAUUCGAGCGAGGAUGAUGAGUCUGUCGGUGAGCACGACGAGGAUGAACUAAGUUAUCUCCCUGACCAAACAAUACCAUGGCCGCAACGAAAGCGACUAGCUAAGCCCAAAAAUUUCCCCAAUCUUCGAAAUACACAUGGGGCUCAAGGGACCAAGGCAUAUGGAAAUCAAACCAAUUCAACGGCCCCGCGCCCAAAACAAAAUGAAGGAAACAGGUUGGAGAUGGACAAAGAAAACAACGAAAUAGAUUCCUCAUCCCCUAUAUCGUCCCCCCCUGCCUCGGAGACACUCGAAGCAGAACCACUGCAAGAAAAAAUGUCAGUUAACUUCAUCAGCGAGGAGCUGAGAGAACAGGCACGAAAGUUUGCAGAAGUUGAUAAUUGGGAAAUGGAAUUCGAGGACGUCCCUGCUAGCCAGAACAGCCUUGGAUGA